AUGACUAUUGCUGAUGCUUCCAAAGUUAAUCGUGAGUUGUCCUCUGAUGAAGAUGAUGUGCCACUGUCUCAAACUUUGAAGAAAAGAAAGAUAGAGUCGACAAACACUGCUUCCCUCCAAGGCGAUGAUGCGGACGGUUAUGAUAGUGAUGAAGCAAUUUCUACAAUUUCCAAGAAAAAGACUAAGAAAAUAAAGACCGAACGACUACCAUCGUCAUCAUCACCACCGUCGCCACAAGUGAAGAAACGCACAACUCCAAAGCCUAAAAAAAUUAAGAAAGAAGAUGGUGACGUUAAGUUAAAGACGACGAAGAAAGAAGACCAAGAAAAAAAGAAAAGAAAGAAGAAAGAGGACGAAGAAGACCAAAAAGUGAAAGAUGAGGAAGAUGAAUAUAAAUGGUGGGAAAAGGAAAACGAAGAUGACACCAUAAAAUGGGUUACGUUGAAACAUAACGGUGUUAUCUUUCCCCCACCGUACCAACCCUUGCCAUCUCACAUCAAAUUAUACUACGAUGGGAAACCAGUAGAUUUACCUCCACAAGCUGAGGAGGUAGCUGGGUUUUUUGCUGCAUUAUUGGAGAGUGACCACGCCAAAAAUCCUGUUUUUCAAAAGAACUUCUUCAAUGAUUUCUUGCAAGUAUUAAAAGAAAAUGGCGGUCCCCUCAACGAUAUUGAAAUAAAAGAAUUUUCUAGUUGUGAUUUUACCAAGAUGUUCGACUACUUCCAGUUACAAAAGGAACAGAAAAAGCAACUGACCUCCCAAGAGAAGAAACAGAUUCGUUUAGAAAGAGAAAAAUUUGAGGAAGAUUAUAAAUUCUGUGAGUUAGAUGGUAGAAAGGAACAAGUGGGUAAUUUCAAAGUAGAACCUCCCGAUUUGUUUAGAGGCCGUGGCGCUCACCCAAAGACCGGUAAGCUGAAAAGAAGAGUGAAUCCUGAAGAUAUCGUUCUGAACCUAAGUGAGGACGCUCCUAUUCCACCAGCUCCAGAAGGACACAAGUGGGGAGAGGUUAGGCACGAUAACACUGUUCAGUGGUUAGCCAUGUGGAGAGAGAAUAUAUUCAACUCAUUCAAAUACGUGAGAUUGGCAGCAAACUCGUCGUUGAAGGGCCAGAGUGACUUCAAGAAGUUUGAAAAGGCAAGACAAUUGAAAUCAUAUAUCGAUGCUAUCAGAAGAGACUACACGAGAAAUUUGAAAAGCAAAGUUAUGCUAGAGCGCCAAAAGGCCGUCGCUAUUUAUUUGAUUGAUGUAUUUGCCCUUAGAGCCGGUGGUGAAAAAUCGGAAGAUGAGGCAGAUACUGUGGGCUGUUGUUCGUUGAGAUAUGAACAUGUUACAUUGAAGCCUCCAAACACUGUCAUAUUUGAUUUUCUGGGUAAAGAUUCUAUCAGAUUUUAUCAAGAGGUAGAAGUGGAUAAACAAGUUUUCAAGAAUUUAACGAUCUUUAAGAGACCACCCAAGCAACCAGGUCAUCAACUGUUUGAUCGUUUAGAUCCAUCUAUAUUGAAUAAAUAUCUGCAGAACUAUAUGCCAGGAUUAACUGCAAAAGUUUUCCGUACGUAUAAUGCUUCCAAGACGAUGCAAGAUCAGUUAGAUCUAAUCCCGAAUAAAGGUUCUGUAGCAGAAAAGUUACUAAAAUACAAUGCAGCGAAUAGAACUGUCGCUAUCUUAUGUAACCAUCAAAGGACCGUUACGAAAGGGCAUGCACAAACAGUGGAAAAAGCCAAUAAUAGAAUACAGGAGUUGGAAUGGCAAAAGAUUCGUUGCAAGAGGGCUAUUUUACAACUGGAAAAGGAUCUCUUGAAGAAGGAACCAAAGUAUUUCGAAGAAAUUGAUGAUUUGACGAAAGAAGAUGAGGCCACUAUCCAUAAGAGAAUUAUUGAAAGAGAAAUUGAAAAAUACCAGAGGAAAUUUGUAAGAGAAAAUGACAAGAGAAAAUUUGAAAAGGAAGAGUUGUUGCCUGAAAGUCAAUUGAAGGAAUGGUUAGAGAAAGUUGAAGAAAAGAAACAAGAAUUUGAAAAGGAAUUGAAAACUGGUGAAAUCGAGCUAAAAUCAACCUGGAAUUCAGUGGAAAAGAUAAAGGCACAAGUAGAAAAGCUAGAACAGCGUAUUCAAACCAGUUCGAUCCAGUUGAAAGAUAAAGAGGAAAACUCUCAAGUUUCUCUGGGCACCUCCAAAAUUAAUUAUAUAGACCCUAGGCUUUCUGUGGUAUUUUGCAAAAAAUAUGAUGUUCCAAUCGAGAAGAUUUUCACAAAAACUUUAAGAGAAAAAUUCAAAUGGGCCAUAGAAUCAGCAGAUGAAAAUUGGAGGUUUUAA